AGGCGCUUAUUACACGGGCGCGUUUUCCGCAAGUGACAGGACGAAGAGGGAAGAGUCUAGGAUUCAAUCAGCUGAUUUGUCUGGUACCAGCACAGCACAUCGUCGUUCAGCAUCCUCCUGGGACCCGAGGCUGCGACACGAGGCUGUGUAUUAUAAGAAAUACCUCAAUAAUAUCUCCAUAGUGCUACCUUACCCAGCAAAUUCCCAACGAGGACUAGAAUAACAACACAAAAGUAAGAGCUGACGCGUGUGGUGUCAGUCUAGCACAGUGGCACUCGCGACUGUGGCACUACAUUCAAGUCCCCAACGAGGACAAGAGGGAAGACAAGGCUCCCUUCACACCCAUCAAAUACAUGAGGCAAGGAAAAGCUCCCCUAAAUACUCUGUUCUCCCUCAGCUCGAGACUGAUAGCAUACUCACAGUGAAGCAGGAUGGCAGAUGAGUCCCUGGCAGCGGCAGGUCUGUACAUUGAUGAGCUGAACAAGAUCCGUGUGUUGGAGCCAGAGGUGGCACAACAAACUGCUGAACUCAAGGAUGAGUGUAAAGAGUUUGUAGACAAAAUUAGGGAAUUCCACGAACGGGCAGACCACUUCAUUCAAGUUGCCGACACAAUGAGUGAGGCUGUUGAAUCAGAGAAAAUGAGAGUAAUUGGUGCCAGGAACUUAAUCAAAAGCAUGAGCAAGCAGCGAGAGGCCAAGGAACAGCAGCUUCUGGCGCUGAUAGGAGAGAAAAAACUGGAGCUGGAGCGCCUGCGUGUGCAGUAUGAAUCACUCCGUCGCACAGAGGCUGAUCAACUAGAAUUCAUAGAGCAAUUUGUUUUAAGAAAAUAAUGACAGUAUAAGCUGCUGCUUAUGUGCGUCCAGUCUAGUCUUCACUGACAACUGCUUGUGGAAACUUCCUCACAGAGGUCACUACAGGAGUCUUCACUUGCACUUGUUCAUGGCUCUCUCUCUCUCUCUCUCUGUCCAGUUGUCCGGUUUUACUAGAUACUACCAUGUUCAUCCAUUUACUCUGGUGAUAUCAUAACUAGUCAAGUAAAAUUGAGGUGCCGUCCAAUAAAGUACUAUAUACCUUCACACAGACACAACUUUUAUGUUAGUAACUAUUAAUAUAUAUUACUUAUUUACAUAUAUAUUUAUAUAGUAUUUAUCUGUUUUACAUAUCAAUUUGUUUGAAAUUUGUCUUUCAUGCUGUAGUAUUUUCUUUUCUUUUAUGUAGAAUCAUUGUACAUGACUAGGUUUCAGAUGGUGUGAAAAUAAAACUUGUCUGUUAUGUCAAGUUUUAUUUUGUGCCAGGAUUAUUAAAACUUACAUAUGCUGUGACAUAAAUAAAGACUAACAAAACUUGGUGCAUAAGUCCCUUUCAGGUGUGACUUGAUUAGUUAUGGCUGACAAGUCAUGUUGAGCAGAUUUAUAAAAUUGAAUAACUCCUCAGAGACAAGACAGAUUCAACCUACAUACCAAAUUUGUGAUCAAGUGGCAUCCUGCAUGAAAAUGCUUUGUUCAUACAUUAAAAGUACAAAUGUGUGCAACCAGAUAAAAGCUUCAAGGACAUUCUGACAUAAUUUUAGAUUAUCAACUUAUAUUCAUCAUGCAUGUGUACAUACAAGUCAGUAAAAUUAAAAAGUAAUUUCCCUCUGACAUCUUUCAUGGAAAAAUCAUGAUGCAGAUUUCAAACUCUUUUGCAACCACCUUAUGGUAAUUUCUGAUAACUGCUUAUACAGCUGGCAGUCUUUUUAAACUCUUAUGGAAUAAUUAAAUCUGAGAGGUUUCUUAAAUACUGAUAUAUUCAAGCUAAUGUUUACCAAGCCAUUAAUGUAGAGUUGUGUACAUCAGAAUUUGUUUCAGGCUAUUAACAAAACAGUUACAUGGUGAAACAUGGCACACUCCAAUACACAAUGAAUACACACUUGAAACUAUUACUUUUAUUGUAUCAAAACAUUAAUUGUACUCAAAUAAACUAUUGUGAAACAUUGCCAUGCAAGAACAAACAAAAUUUGCACCAAAAGGGACAAAAGGUGUCAAAAAAAAAAAAAAUCUAAAGUUGAAGUGGCACAAAUUUUAUGAUCAGAAUCUGUCACCAUGUUCUGAAAUAAUUAAAACUUUAAAUUCAAUCUUCUGUUGCCUCACAUUUAAUAUAAAUAGAGCUAAUUAAUCUUAUCUGAGAGAUCUUAAAUGUACUGUAUCUUAAAUUAUGAACAUGAAUUUUUCUUAAUUCCAAUAAAGGCUUACUAAUCCAUUAAUAGGUAAAUGUCUGAGUAAGCCAAUGUGAGCCUCUAUCAAGCAGGUGCCACUUGUCAACAGUAAGGUUUCUAGCUAUAAAUUACAUGGUUGUUUUUCUUACAAAGUUGAAGCCUUAGUCUACAAAAUAUGAAAAACACAUCAGCACACUGAGAUCACUUAACAUUAACACACAUGACCCCUAAUGCUGACAACACUGAAGCUAAACUGAAGCUGAGUCUUGAAGCCAAGUCUCCCUACCACAGAGGUAAUGCUGGAAAAGCUCUACUUCCUCUGGUGGCAUGGAUGCCAGGCUUCAACUCCUUCCCAGUCGGUGCUCCUUGUUACCACACUGAGGACAGACACUACACAAUUUCUCAACUUGACUUGCUAACUAGACAUCUGCUUCAUUUACAAAUGCCAAGAUAUCCCAGCACCAAGAGAGAGAGGGUGACUUCCUCAGUGUGGCAUCUUCCAUAUGUCUAUGGCUAAGCAAAGCUAAUUUUUCACAAACUUACAAAAGUCACUUAUUAGUAAAUGGAUGAGCACCAGUGCAGGAAAUGAUCACAUGAGAGGCUGCUAGCUGCGAAUGCCUCCCAUGCAGUAAGCAGGGAGGCACUCACACCUAGCUCAAACAUCCUGCAAUGGCACUGGUAAAAAUGGCUUACCUAACUUCACCUUGUACCUAUCUAAGCCCUUGUUCACAACACAACUUGGAUCAUAUUUUGACUAGGAGAAUUCAUAUCCAAAGAUCCAAGUUUACAGACAACAUCCACAUUCAUCCAGAAAACUUGGCCAAUCCACUGAAUUUUACAAGCAUGCAUGGCAAUCUGCAGAACAAAAUUUACACAAUUAACUGGCAGCCCUGACAAACACAUGCCUUUCAAUUUUCCCUUUGCAGUUCUUGAGUAAACUUGAUAAUUUCUGGAUGGCACAUGCACAAAAUGAGUAAAAGUGAGGGUUUCCUUACCACUUGUGUCAUGAUUCACGGUCUUACAAAAUUACUCCUGUACAAAACAUAAAACUGAUCUAAAAUGCUUCAUCUAUCACUUUCAAUAAAAUACAUGUCCCUCAAA